CGCGUGAAUCCUCCAUACACCCAAGCAGCCCAUAAUUUCCACAGAUGGAUGAAGUAUCGGCACCUUCAUUACUUGCGGAUGGAGUUCCUGGCGUAGGAUCCUCUACGGCCACAACUACCGUACCUGUAGCUCCUCAAACAGGAACAGAGCCCCCUGCACAGCCGGAGCAGAUAUCCGAAACGUUGUACAUCCAAAACUUGAAUGAGAAGAUCAAGAUCGAUGUUCUCAAAGCGUCUCUUCGUGGUCUGUUCAAAUCAUACGGUGAAGUUCUCGACGUGGUGGCACAUAAAAACAUUCGGAUGAGAGGACAAGCAUUUGUGUCGUUUGCUGAUGCGGAUGUGGCGAAAAAAGCAAUGAUGGAGGUCAAAGGCUUUCCGUUGUACUCGAAACCUAUGCAAAUAUCAUUUGCGAAAACAAGAUCAGACGCCGUAGUCAAGAAAUUAGAUAGCGAGCAUUUUGAUGAACAUAAAACGCGAAGACAGGAACAUAAGCAGAAGACGCGGUACACAAACCCUUUGAAACAGAAAUUUAAAGCGAAGAGAAUGGCUAAUGAGAUUGACGGCGGCGCUGUAGCACCAGCACCAAAACGACCUAAUGUACAAAUGCCCGACGAAUACCUACCCCCGAACAAAAUCCUGUUUCUACAAAAUCUUCCAGAGACCGUCACCAAAGAUCAGCUUAUGGGGUUGUUCUCCCAAUACCCGAACCUCCACGAAGUUCGUCUCAUUCCAACCAAGAAAGACAUCGCCUUCGUGGAGUACAUGGACGACGCCAGUUCCACAGUGGCGAAGGAUGCGCUGCACAACUACAAGUUGGAUGGAGAACACAAGAUCAAGAUCACAUUUGCCAGAAAGUAGUUUCGGUCGUCGUUUCUAUCUCUGGAUCCAAUGUAUUCCUUGUGUAGCUCAUGUGUGUAUCUAUUUUCCUUCAUGUCCACGAUCUCAGCGUCUUUUAUCAGUUGUUUGCUACCUGAAUGCUUGGUGACUCACUGCGGUGUAGAUGCGAACCGUUCAGAAAUUGGCAGACAGUCAUCAGGGGAGCAGCAUACUCAAACUCUUUCCACCAGCAUUAGUACCGUUACGAAGCAGCACGACAAUAUCAUGACAUCUGUAGUAUCGAUUGUAUUGUAAUAAGCAGUUUUCUAUCGGAAGGACGUGUUCCGGCCAUUCGAGUGAGCUCCCGGAUGUUCGUUCGUUCUGACUGUCACGUCAGCCCGAC